AUAAUUUUCAAUUCCAUGUUUCCCCCCAUUAUUAGUAUUAUCAAUCUAAUAUAUUUGUAUACAAAUUGUUAUACUUAUUAACAUCCAUUAAGCCCAGCUAUUAUUGCAUCCUUUCAACAUAAGGCAUAUUAAAUUAAGUGAAGGAAGAAUCUUUGUAGUUAAGCACUAGAAGGAAUGCCGUUAACCAAGGAAAUAAAAGCAAGGCAUUAUGGUGGAUAGAGCUGUCUUUUUAAUCUGGGCUCAAUUGUGUUGCUUUACAGAAUGAAAUACAAUCACUACACCCUCCUGAUGACCCUGAUCUUCAUGAUUAAUGAAUGCAUGGGACAGACUUCAUGUGUGGUGGACUCAUUCACCGUGAAGGAAGACUUUGACCCCAAACGGUAUGCAGGUAAAUGGUAUGCUCUGGCCAAGAAAGACCCAGAAGGAUUGUUUCUACAGGAUAAUAUCUCAGCUGAAUACACCAUUGAGGAGGAUGGGACUAUGACUGCAUCUUCCAAAGGCAGGAUGAAGCUUUUUGGAUUCUGGAUGGUCUGUGCUGAUAUGGCUGCUCAGUAUUCGGUACCUGACCCCACUACACCAGCCAAGAUGUUCAUGAAUUAUCAAGGGCUGGCAAGCUAUUUGUCAAGUGGAGGUGAUAAUUACUGGGUGAUUGACACAGAUUACGAUAACUAUGCCAUCACUUAUGCCUGCCGCACUCUGAAAGAGGAUGGGUCCUGUGAUGAUGGCUAUGCCCUUGUUUUCUCCCGCAACCCUCGGGGCCUUCCCCCUGCCAUUCAGAAAAUUGUGCAGCAGAAGCAAGAGGAAAUCUGCCUGACUGGCCUGUUCCAGCCUGUGCUACAGUCAGGUAUGUGGAAAGGCCCAAUGGCUCCAGUCAUAAAUUUGACUUCUUUGGGGCAACAGGAAGCACUGAUCUAUCAGAAGACCAAAUUUGAUAUUGUCUAUGAAAAGGAAGAAUGUGGGAAGAUUGUUUCAGUCUAGGCAAUUCUAGUCCUGGCCUCAGAUUCUAAGAGCAUGAGAAUUCCUGGUGCAUGAUCAGUACAAUUCAGGAUAAUGAUCUGGUUCAUACAUUGCACCAAACCAUAAUGUUAACACUGAUAAUGUUACCUAGUUGGGUAAUGAAACACC